GGUCGAUGUUCAAGGGACAACUGCAAAUAUCUUCACCCACCGCCACACUUAAAAACGCAGCUGGAGAUCAAUGGGCGCAAUAACCUGAUUCAGCAGAAGAACAUGGCCAUGCUGGCCCAGCAGAUGCAGCUUGCCAAUGCCAUGAUGCCUGGGGCCCCGCUGCAGCCUGUGCCGAUGUUUUCCGUCGCACCGAGCUUAGCCACCAACGCGUCAGCCGCCUUCAACCCCUACUUGGGGCCCGUCUCCCCAGGCCUGGUCCCUGCGGAGAUCCUGCCCACUGCCCCGAUGCUGGUGACGGGGAACCCUGGCGUCCCGGUUCCUGCUGCCGCCGCCGCCGCUGCCCAGAAGCUGAUGAGGACAGACAGGCUGGAGGUUUGUCGAGAGUACCAGCGUGGCAACUGCAACCGGGGAGAGAACGACUGCCGGUUCGCCCACCCCGCCGACAGCGCCAUGAUCGACACCAACGACAACACCGUCACCGUCUGCAUGGAUUACAUCAAAGGGAGAUGCUCACGGGAAAAGUGCAAAUAUUUUCACCCUCCAGCACACCUGCAAGCCAAGAUCAAGGCUGCCCAGUACCAGGUUAACCAAGCUGCAGCUGCCCACGGAGCGCCCGCAGCUGCCAUGGUGAGUGUGGGAAGCCCCCGGAAUAGGAGGCGAGGGGCA